AUGCUUAGCACUGGAGGCGCAAACUCGGAAACAACUCAACUGAGAGAGAGAGCGGAGUCAAUCUCUAUGUUCUUUGAUUUCGAGUCACCACCAUCUCUGACAGAGUUUUCUUUCGAUAAUCUCACAAUGGAAGACAACAGUCCAUCACCUCAAUCUACAACAUCAAACUCCGAACCACCAAAGCCAGCAACGACGACCGGUGCGCCUAGAGGUGGAAUUCGAGUCUCACUAGCAUGCAUACCGUGUCGCUCACGUCAUGUUAAAUGUGGAGCUGAGCUUCCUGGCUGUUCAAGAUGUGCUACCGAUGAUAAGCCAUGCUUCUAUGCCAAGUCAAGGCGUGGAAUGCGCGACCGUAAUGCUCCAAAGAAGAGUAAGAGUUCGACAUCUUCUAGAGCAUCGCCAAAUUUAGAAUACUCAACCUCUUCGGGUUCUAUGAGUGGUGCCGGCUAUACUUUAGAAAGUGAUCCAUGGGGAAGCAUGACUGGAAGCGCUCCAAAUUCAAUCAGUGGAAGUUUAGAGAAUCGAAGUCCUGGGAAUGAUGCCGCUCGAGAUCGGCCUAUUGGCACCAGGAGAUUAAUCGAUUUGUUCUACACAUACUUCUACAAAGCCCAUCCUUUUGUACUACCCCGUUAUUACCUCCUUACACGCCUUGACUCCGACCCUGCAUCUCUUUCACAUCUCACAACCGCGAUAUCCUACGUCGGUACUCUCUACGACCCUUCCAUUCCAACAACACCCUAUCGAAACGCCGCACUAGCUCUCCUAGAUCUCCCAUCUUUACCUUCAACAGGCUUUUCCAUCCAGACAUUACUACUUAUCGCACUCGCACUACACUGUGAAAACAAAAUGGAUCUGGCACGACAGGUUCUCGACCGCGCGGUGUUUCUGUCGGUCGAACUAGGCAUGAACGGCAUAGAAUUUGCAGAUCUAGAACCAGAUCCGGUGCUUGCUGAAAGUUGGAGGCGAACGUAUUAUGGACUUUACACGACAGAUAUUGCAAUAUCAGGGGUCGAUCAAAUCAAUGGGUUUAUGUGA